AUGUCCAGCAACGGACACAGCUCCAACAACGGGAACAACCCCCCUCGCCGUCUCUCUCCAGGAAACAUAAAUGGCUUCUCUGUCCUAGACGCAUACUGGCACAUGAACCACAAUGCCGCUGCCAAUAACGCAGCCUUUACCGGUAAUGCCAACAACGGCGCAAAUUUCUCCGGCCCAACGUACGCCAAUGGCGGCGGCUCCACUUACGGCGGCGGCUCAGCUAACAUCCCCUUCCGUCCAGCCAACGGCGUUAAUGGAACAAAUGGAACAAACGGGACUAGACAGCAGAGCCCCUUGACUCCAAUGCGUCCUGCCCCUCGCAGUCCACCCUUUACCCACGCUGGAUUUGGUAGAGGCGCACCUGGACCUGGACCUACGAACGGUAUGAAUGGCUAUGGCAGAGGCGGUUCUUCCAACGGCGGUGGAGGAGCCUUCAUGUCUGGCGCGAAUGGUCCCCGUGCAAGCGAUGCGUACCGAAACAGCCCCGCAGCUCCGUUUGGCGUACCGGGCGGCUACGGACGGGGUGGCGGUGGUUCUUCCACCCAAAACGGUAUGACCAAUGGCCAUACCAACGGAUAUACCAAUGGCCAUACCAACGGAUAUACCAAUGGCUAUGGCAGUGAUACUUCGAAUGGCAGCCCCACGCGUAGUCCCAAUGGUCGGAGCCGUGGACGUGGGAAUGGGUAUGGUUCCAAUGGGCCUUACGGCCGCGGUGGCGGCGGUGUCGGCCGCGGUCGGGGUGGUCCUUCUGGCGGCUUUUCCUCCUAG